AUGGUCGUCUCUGCGCUUAGCCGCGCCUCGUUGCAGGCGGUGGCUCGAGCAAGCUCUAGCUCGAGCUCUUCACUCGCCUUUAGGCCUUCUUCAUCAUCUCGCAUCACAGCGGCAGUGCAGGCAUCGCUUCGCACCUCAUCGAUCAGCUACCGACGCCUUCAUGCCGUCUCUUCGACCACACAAAUCACCACGGAAGCGCUUGUUCCCCGUGCAUCGGGAUCGAGAUCAUCAGCAGCACCAGCCAAACUCACACGAAAAGAACGUAGGACAGCGAUCAAGCUUCAGCGCAAGACUGCCAAGCGUCGCAUUGCUACAUCUUCCGUCUCUGCACGUCUCGGUGUCUCUACCACUGAAUCCUCGCCUUUCGUGAGGAAGGACCGACAGUUCAAGACGUACAAGCCGAUCACUCGUUCGAUCAGGUGGUUGAGGCAACCGCUGAACGAGCACCUGCACAAGGGCAAGCCUGAACACUCUCUGACGAUCGCCAAGCGCAGUACGGCAGGUAGAAAUCACCAUGGACAUGUAACUGUCCGUGGUAGGGGUGGUGGACAUAGGCGCAGAAUUCGUCUGGUGGACUUUUACCGAUGGCAGACUGGAGAACAGGUAGUGUUGAGGAUUGAGUAUGAUCCCGGACGCAGUGCGCAUAUCGCCUUGAUCAAACACAAAAGGACCAAGCUCAAGAGCUACAUUCUCGCACCUGACGGCUUGAGAGCUGGCGAUACAGUGCAGUCGUACCGAACAGGUGUCACGGACCAUGGUAUAACAAAAUCGAGCACGAUUGUUGAUGAGGUUGUUUCAGCAGAUGGUCGGGAACUUUCGACUGACCCUGCUGCACCUCAGACAGCUGCUACUUCUGCCCCCUCUACGGCUUCUUCGACUGCUAGCUCAAGCGGUAGCAGCGGCUCGUCGCUCGAUCUGGGUAUCUUCCGUACACAAGCCAUUCGACCGGGCAACUUCCUCCCUCUCAAGCUGAUUCCCAUCGGUACCACUAUCCACUCGAUCACGAUGAACCCUCUUGGACCGGCCAAGAUGGUUCGUUCGGCUGGCACUUUCGGUCAGCUUGUUGCUUUCUCCGAUCGCAGCGGUGGAGGUGACUCUCUUGCUCAAGUUCGUUUGCAGUCGGGAGAGGUGCGUCUUAUCCCGUCCACUUGCUGCGCUGCGAUUGGGACUGUCAGCAACAAAGAUCACCAGCACAAAAGGCUUGGUAAGGCAGGUAGAAGUCGAUGGUUGGGUAGGAGACCCAAGGUUCGUGGUGUGGCGAUGAAUGCUUGCGAUCACCCUCACGGUGGUGGUCGUGGUAAGAGUAAGAGUAACAUGCAUCCGAGAUCGAUCUAUGGUCACUUGGCCAAGGGUGCUAGGACGAGAAAGCCUGGUACAAGGAGUGGUAACCAAAUGGUUGUCAGGGAGAGGCCGAGAAGGAACGGCAAGCGAUUGGGUAAGCCAUAA